AUGCCUUUAUCAAAAAAAUCAAAUAGAGUUUAUCUUGAUGGUGCCGGAGCAGGAAUACCAUCAAAAUGGUUAAUUGAUGAAAUUAAAAAAAUUGACUUUUCUUUACUUUCAAAUCCACAUUCUCAAAAUAUUUUUUCAAAGGUAACAGAGGGAAGAAUUUCACAAAUAAGAAAUCGAAUGUUGGGUCAUUUUAAUACAACAUCCAAAGAUUAUAGUGUAAUAUUUACUUCUGGAACUACAGGAUCAUUAAAAUUGAUUGGAGAAACAUUCAAUUUUUAUGGUAAUGGAAAUAGAAAAGAAUCUUCUUUUAUUGAUGAAAAUUUAAGUUGUUUUGGGUUUUUAAAAGAUUCUCAUACUAGUGUUGUUGGUAUGAAAAGAAUUGUAAAUGCUGAUGUAGUUACAUGUAAUAACUUUGAAUAUUUUAAUAAUUUUUUUAAUAAUAAUCUUUCUAAUUAUGAUAAAGAAAUUAAUAAUUUAAUUAUGAUAACUGCCAUGUCUAAUGCCUGUGGUAAAAAAUAUAAUUUAGAAAUUGUUAAUAAAAUUAUACAAAAUAAAAAUUGGUUUGUUGGAAUUGAUGGUGCAGCAUUAUUUUCAAGUGGAAAAAUUGAUUUACAAAAAAUUAAAGCUGAUUUUGUUGUUGGAAGUUUUUAUAAAAUAUUUGGCCUACCUACUGGAUUAGGAUUUUUGAUUGUUAGUAGGAGAGUUAUACCAUGUAUGAAUAAAAAAUUAUAUUAUGGUGGGGGUACUGUUGAUACUAUGAUGUGUUUUGGUGAUUUAAAACCAAAAGAAAAUUUUAUUGAAAGUAUGGAGGAUGGUACAAUUAAUUUUCAAGGAAUUAUUACACUUGAAAAAUGUUUUGAUGAAUUAAAAUAUGUUGAGACAAUAGAAAGUAUUGGAAGGAAAACUUUUGAUAUUUCUAUGGUAGCCUAUAACAUGCUAACAUCACUAAAAUAUGAGAAUGAUCAAAAUUUAGUAGUGAUUUAUGGUUGGAAAGAUAUUUGUUAUGAAAAACAGGGACCUAUCAUAAAUUUUAAUCUUCAAAGAAGUGAUAAAAAAAUGAUUGGUUAUAAUGAGACUCAGAAGAUGGCUGAAUUAUUUGAUAUUGAAUUAAGAUCAGGUUGUUUUUGUAAUAUUGGAGCAUGUAUUAAUUAUCUUAAUUUAACAGCUGACGAUAUCAAUAAUAUUUGGAUGAGUGGUAAAAAAAAAUGUGGUGACACAAUUGAUAUAAUUGAUGGAAAAUCUUUAGGUUCUAUUAGAAUUUCAUUUGGUAAAUGGAAUACAAUUGAUGAUAUUAGACGUCUAGAAAAAAUGUUGCAAUAUUGUUUUAUAAAAGGAAAUAAGAUAAGAGAAAACAAUUACACAAUACCGGUGUCAAGUAGUAUGUUGGUACGAAUUUUAAGAAUUUUCUUGUAUCCUAUAAAAAGUUGUGGUUAUCUUGAAGUUGACAAAUGGACAAUAUCUGAAAAAGGAAUGGACAAAGAUAGAAUGAUGAUGAUUGUUGAUAAAAAUGGUAUUCCUAUCACACAAAAAACAACACCAGCAAUGUGCUUAAUUAAAACAUACUUUGAUAAAAAUGGUGAAUUAAAUAUUAUUGAUAAAUUUGAAAAUAUGACAAAUUUAUGUAUAUCAGAAGAAAAUGAAAAUGACAUCAUGAAAAAUGAGUAUGUGGUUUGUUCUGACAAUAGAUGUAGUAUAGUUAUUGGGUAUAGUGAAUGGUUAGCAAAUUUACAUCCAUCAUUUGGUGAUGAUUCUAAAUUUUUAAAAUUAACAAUUGAUAAUAAAUUAACAUUUGCAAAUGAAGCUCCAUUUCUUUUAAUUAACCUGGCUUCAGUUCGUAUUGUUGCUGAUACAUUAAAUAUUGAUGUUGAAAAUAUUCUUCAUAGAUUUCGUUCAAAUUUUGUUGUUGAUCUUGAAAAACCAUUUAUUGAAAAAUAUAUAAAAGAAGUACACUUUUGUAAUAAUAUUAUUCUUGAAAAAAUUGAAGAAUGUCAUAGAUGUCAAAUGAUAUGUAUUGAUCAGGAAACUGGAGAAAAAGAUGCAAAUUUAAUGAUAACAUUAAGAAAUCUUCAAAAAGAUAAUUCCAUUACAUUUGGUAUAUAUAUGAAAAUGAAAACAAAAAAUCAAACCAUUGUCCAUAAAGGUGAAGAAAUCAUUAUCAUAUUUGAUAAAAAUAAUAAUCAAGUAGAAGAAUAA